GCGUCCAUUCGCUCCAUAUCCGGGGGGGAGAGGUGUGCUUGUGUGGGAGGCGUGUGGGAGGCGUGUGGCGGCCCGUCGUGUGGUGGUUUGCAAACUGCAGGUAAUAGAGGAGAUGGACAGUCCGGUUCCAUCUGCAAGUUCUUCACAGGAGUGGGAAGACAUGCUCUUCUUCUUGGUUUUCGCCAUAACCCAGUGGGUGCAUAGGCGCAAUGCGGUGGCCAUGGCCGUCCUCGAGGCUGUCGCAUUCACCCCGUUCCUGUUCGGGGACGCGGCGACGUCAUUGAUGCUCCUUGCAGGCGGGAUGAUGCACGGAUUUGCUCUCGCCAGUUUGGCUGCGGAGGAGUUGGGAAGACGCAUGGAGCGCCGACGACGGAUAUGGGUCGUGGAACGAAGCGGGGGUGUGUGCAGGGAUUUGCAGCGAGUUGGCCGUAAGCACGACAAGGUGUUUGUCCGAUUCUGCAGACUGCCUCGCCCGCUAUUCUUCAAAGUGCUGGGUAGAAUUGCACCCCAUAUCCAGCGAGCCCCAACGAACUUCAGGAAUCCUAUUCCUGCUGGUCAAAAGUUCGCCAUGACUCUCAUUAGGUGGGCGACCAGCGGGUAUUACCGGCAGACCUCGCAUGGCAUGGGCAUGGGCCUUGCGAGUGCCUUGCGUUGCAACGAAGAGGUCGCGGAUGCUAUCAUCAGCGAGUAUGGCCAUCUCCUUCGGUGGCCGAUUGGCCCUCGAAUGCAGGAAGUGGAGAACGCUUUCGAGGCGAAAGGGUUCGCCGGUUGCAUCGGUGCAAUUGAUGGCACCCAUUUGUACAUCGACAAACCGAAGGGUAUGCGCGGGGAAUGCUACUACCAUCACACAGGACAAUUCUCUGUCCAGUGUCAGGUAGUUUGUGACCACGAGUGCAGAAUCACUAGUGUUUACGUGGGGUGCCCAGGGUCUGUGCAUGACUCGAGAGUUUUGCGCAUUUUAGAACUGUUCCGUCAAGUCUCGCAAGGGGCACGUGUUUUCAGCGAGGGAGGUGCACACCUGCACGACGGCAGACACGUGGGACGGUAUGUGCUUGGUGAUCAAGGUUACCCUCUCCUGCCAUGGAUCAUGACACCUGUCGGGAGGACGGCUACAACAGCUCAGGAACGAACCUACGACAAUUGUCACUCGGCGGUGCGGUCUUGCAUCGAGUGCUGCUUCGGCCAACUGAAGGCCGUGUGGAGGAAUUUCAUCCGACCGCACAUCAGCAACAUGAAAACCAUUUGCAAGAAAGUGAUGGCAAUCUGCAUCCUCCACAACCUGAUGAUCGAGCACAGGGUGGAAUUUGACCCUGGUGUGCUCGAUAGUGGCAGCGAUAGCGAUGGUGACGACGGUCAUCGCAGACGCCGUCGUCGGCGGAGAGAUCGUCGUCGUUUUGUUCGUCACAUGCCCGACCUCAACGUUGAGCCCGUGGUGGACGAUGACCCUACAAACGGGUCCCGCGCUAGGGGAGUUGGUUCGCAGGAGUCUGAUCGAGCAUGUGGACCACCACGUGGCGGUUCAUGGUGCGCCGCCGCCAUGUCCGUGGCGAUAGUUGACGACGUGGAAGACAUGCCACGUAGGAUUUAGGGAUAGCGGCAGGGAGUGGCAGCAGGAGCGGGUCCGGCGUCGGGUCGGAUUGGUGGUUCAUAGGCUUCCAGGUUUGUGUGCGAGAUUGUCAUAGUUCCAGUGAAAUUCAGUGAUGGAAAAAAACACGUUCUCGUUCUCUCUUUCUUUCUCUCUCUCUCUCUCACUCUCUCUCACUUUCUCACUCUCUCUCUCUCUCUCUCUCUCUCUCUAUAUAUAUAUAUAUAUAUAGAUCGUCACAMACAUAUAUAUAUAUAUAUAUAUAUAUAUAUAUAUAUAUAUAUAUAUAUAUAUAUAUAUAUAUAUAUAUAUAUAUAUAUAUCGUCAUAUAUAUAUGCAACAUUAAGGGGGUAUGGCGGAAUUGGUAUACGCUACGGACUUAAAAAUAAAUUAGAAUUGCGCCUUUUUAAGAAUAUAUAUAUAUUCAUAUAUAUACAUGUACAAUAAAGAAAACAUAUAAUAUGAGUUUGUGUGUACACCCAUGCACAAAACUGGCUCCAACCACGAACAAACAAAAAAAAGAAAGUCAAUGCCACCUUCAUCACCCAGCCUGUCAAAUGUAUUGGCACAAGGAACGCUCAAGAGCAGAAAAAGAAAUGAAAUGGCCAACAUAUA